CCUCAACGCCCACAGCAGUUCAUUGUCCCGCACCAAAUGCCGGGCCGUAAGAAAGGCCGACAGAAAGGAGCUGCCGGUAGCAAGGCUCAAAGCGCAAGAAGGUGGAAUGAUGCCAUGAGAGAUGCGAGGGAAGACCUCGCUUGGGAUCGACGGCAGAACCUUGGGCGGGGCGGAGAUUCCGCCCCCCCCCGGCUGAGUGCAAUCGGGUUCCAGUCCUUGGCGACACCCCUGCGUCAACGAGUGCGUGCGGAUGAGAUUGAUGCGGCAGCCCCGCCAGCGGUUCGUUCGGAGAACCUGGCUGGCAAGGUUGUAGCGGGGCCGAGCAACUAUUUUUCGGUCGACUGGACCGAGACCCGGCCGCGUAAGACGUGCACGUUACUCUCCCUUUGCAUCAGACAGAUCGGGCGAGAUUUUCUUGCGUACCGUGCCGACGACGACGCGGUCGCGGAAGCGUUUCUCCUUCUGCCUUCGCCUUGCCUCUCCCGCCUGUCCCGCUCGGCCUCUGCGAGGGGGAACGUAGCCGACCACAACAUUGGGCUUCUGUGCAGCCCUGGGGUUAGCACGUUGUGGUGCCGAGGACGCUUCACGGACAAGGGCGCCGGUGCUCUUUUGCCAGCGUUGAAUGCGGGCGAUACGCCCAACGGAGGGUCUCACGCAGCCGACCUCGCCGAGGUGUACCGAGACGACACGGUGGCGGAUUGCUUAGCGGGCAACGCAGUAGAUGCGACGAUGGACACCAAGAGCAGGGUAGCGAGCAGUGACGACGGGCUUGUUGCGUCGACACAGUCGGCCGCCUACCACCCAGCUGGUGGCGAGGCCGUGGUCGAGGGAGCGGAAGAGGAAUGGGAGACUGCGUGCGAUCGCAUAGAGGCCUCUCUUCGCGGGGGCGUCUCGCUCACGUCCUUGGAUUUAAGCAGCCCCCGUGUCACUGCCGGCUUUGUGAAGAGGCUGACGGCCCGGAUACCUUCUUUGCGAAGACUCGGCCUCCGCGGAUCUUUCGGCGUGGUCGGAGGUCCAGACUUUGUUUGCGAUCACGUGCCCCGUCUCUGCGCCUUGCGAGAACUCGACGUAUCCCACUGCACGUGGUUCUGCGAUCUCACGCUGCGGCGUCUUGCCAAGUCCCUGUCGCUCAGGGCUUCAGCGGCGGCGGGAGACCCCGAAAAUCAAGGACCACACGUGGGGGGCGUCACAUCUCUGCAGGAUCUCGACGAGGCAGAGACGCGCGGCUGGGGUGCUGCUCUCGCACCAUCGACGAAUAACCUUGUAUUCGCUGGACAUGCAGGGUCGGGACCGUCGGGGUCGGACGCGGAUCUGGUGUCCGGAGCCAGUCGAGAGAGUGGCGAAAAGGAACCAUCGAGCCUUGGGCGGUCUCUGCACCGCUUCCGCACGUUCACGGUUGUGUGCGCACGAACCGCGGUGACCGAGAAAGGUGCAAAGGCGGCGGAAUCGAUGUCUCCUGGGUUGAUGGUUGUUCUGGUAUCAGACAACCCGGCCGCCGCCGGCGGUACGCUGAGUUUGGCGUCUUCGUGAGCAGUAGCAAGAGUUACUGUUAAAUGUGGUACGCUUUGUAAAUGCCUGCAGUGGGAGGCAACGUGCUGACCAACAGCGGUCUGGGGCACUCUUAGAUUGGCGACACUGCCUUCUCUACUGCAACCCCCUUUGAGAACUCCACCAUGGGAUGCCUUUUUUCUUGUUUUGUAAAAAGAACACUCUUGAUUGUUCUCAAGAAGGCAUAUGGACCAUCGCUGCACACAAGGAAAGUACCCGCAGGGGCGAUAAAUGCCCCGUGGCGUUGCUCUCUUGUUCGUGUAGGCGACACCCCCACAAAUCACGCACACACGUUGUCACGCAGACCUCUCGUGCUGUGUCCGUUGCGUGCGAUCUUGUAUAGUUUUUUGAUGUCCAAUCGUUUUUUCUCGCCGUGUUGGUGUGUCGAAAACGCAGUGCGUUUUAUUCUUGUGCUUUCUGGAUAUGGCCAAGUAAGACUGCGGCGUACAGAUUUGUAACAUUUCUUUUUUUCUCCUUGGCUAGGCGCUUCAGUCGACAACAUGUCAGCUGUGUGAGCUUUUCGAGCUUGGGAGAGUCACUGAUGGUAGCUGAUUCUCACCAAAACAUCCUACUGUCAUCUUUGUAUCACGCCUUGAUGACACUCCUGCCAUAAUGCUCUGGUAAGCCCACUCCGGAGGCGGGCCUCGUAGCAGAUAGGAAAACAACACGGCUCAUGUGACCAAUGGGCAAAAGAGCAAGCACUGUUAAUCUUUGUGAGUUUUGCCGUACCAUACAGCAUUUAGUCUUUGUGCACGGGUGUAGCUCUUAUGUUUGUCGGCAGGAGUACCGGGUGCUCGAUUCUAUGACAGCAGUGUUGAUGGAAAAUCUCAUAUUGGCAAGCAUCGACUUCGAAGCGUCGACAUCGUUGUCGGAAUGAACCCUU